GUUUAUCUGUUACUGUUUUGGUAUAAUUUUCCCCAAAUUAUACGGAUCCUCUCUUCAAAGGGAAAGGAGGCUGCGAAAUUAGGGUUUACCUGAAGAAAUCAGCAAAUCAAUGGAAGGAAUCACAGAGGGAGUGAACAAGAUGAGUGUCUCAGAGACGCAAAAGAAGAACAGAAUCCAAGUUUCUAACACUAAGAAAUCGCUCUUCUUUUAUGUUAAUCUCUCAAAGAGGUACAUGCAACAGUACAAUGAAGUGGAACUCUCUGCUCUGGGGAUGGCUAUUUCGACAGUGGUUACUAUUGCCGAAAUUCUCAAGAACAAUGGAUUUGCUGUUGAGAAGAAGAUCAGGACACUCACUGUGGACAUGAGGGAUGACCCAGGAGCCCGACCGAUACCAAAAGCAAAGAUUGAAAUAGUGCUGGGCAAGACUGAGAAGUUUGAUGAGUUAAUGGCUGCAGAAGCAGAGCAAAACGGGGACAACGAGGAGCAGCAGAACUGAUUAUUUUUAUGUCUUCUCUUUUCCUGAUGAUUGAAGUAUCCCAAGCUUAUACUGCAUUCAGCUGUUGGGUUCUCUAUGGUCUUGAAUUACAUCUGUUGGAAAAGCAAAAAAAAAAAAAAAAAAGCAUUGUUAGCUUUAAAAUUCAUUAUUUGUUGGAUGUGUUUGCUUUUUUUUUUAACCUUGCUUAUCUAAGGUGGUGUUGAAUGUAAACAUCCUGCUGCUAUCUUCACUGUAAGUGAUGUGGUAAUAGUUUACGCCUGGUAGUUAAAAAAUGAACAAUUGGAUAUGUGGGUUGACAAUUCUGCCAUUACCUAAUUAAGCGCCAUUGACCAAUUAGUACCGUCUCA